AUGUUACCGCUGGCCGUGCUACCGGGCGGGCUGCGCUUCUACAGCCAUGGAGCUAACCAGGACGAGCCGCUGUCGUUCCCGCGAUCCUACCCCAUCAUCCUCACCGAGGGCGACGGCACCAAGGUGUACGUGUCGGUGCUGGCGUUCCGCGACCUGGUGGACGAUGACGUGGCGCAGGCGUACAGCAUCCCGCCCAACUCGUACGCGGACAAGUGUCUGUGCGUGAUCAGCCACUACCCGUUCCUCGACACCUUCGCCGACCUCCUCACUGAGAUCCACCGCCUCGCCUUCCAGCCGCUCGGCAGCCCGCGGCCAAUAUGGGACAUAAUAGCGGGGGUGAUGUCGGUGCCGCUGCCAUCAGGGCCACAGCAGACGGUGGUCUUCAGCGUCGAGAGCGUUGUGCUCUCCACCACUCUGCCCGACCCCCACGCCCUCCCCUCCUCCCACGUGUCGUUUCUCCCCCUUGUAAGCUGUCUCGAUAUUGACAACAUCAUUCAGCUCUUCACAGCCGUGCUCCUCGAGAGACGAGUGCUGCUGCUCGGGGGCAUGCUAAAGCUACUGACCAAUGUGGCGGAGGCGGUGUCAGGGCUGCUCUACCCUUACAAGUGGAUGGUGAGCACUGGUGGCAGUAGGCUGGAAGGGCAGGAGGGUGAGCACGGGCACUGGUGGCAGUAG